AUGGCAACUACAUCAUCAAGUGAAUUUUUAAAAGACAAAUCGUCGUCGUCGAUGGACGUGCGUCAUUGUUAUCAUCAGACUGCUGAACACUUUAUUGAUGAACACUAUCCAAAAACCUGCCUUGAAACAAUACCAUCUAUCAUUCUUGAACAUCCCCGAAGGAAAGUCAAUUGUCAACUAUCGCGUUCUCGCCAUAAUCUUCGUUUUCGCACUCAACCUGUUACAUUAGCAGAGAUCUAUGAAACCGACGAAGAAAACAAAAUUGAAAAUGAUAAUCAGCAAGACUCAAAAGCCAAAGUUAUCAAUGAUUAUGACCGAUGGGGAUAUUUGAGUUUAGCGGAAAAUCUAAGACAACAAACAACAAGAAAAAAAGUGCCAUUAAAGAAUUUCCUUAAACAACAACGGCUAAAAACGACACAAGAAGAACUUUUUGAAACAGAUGGUAGUUGA